GGCGGCGGCGGCGGUUGCACGAGCAGUUUCUGUAGGGUCCGGGCUCCGGGCCCUGCCACGAACACUGCCUCUUGUAGUGAUUCUCGGGGCCACGGGCACCGGCAAAUCCACCCUGGCGUUGCAGCUAGGCCAACGGCUCGGUGGCGAAAUCGUCAGCGCUGACUCCAUGCAGGUUUAUGAAGGCCUGGACAUCAUCACCAACAAGGUUUCUGCCCAAGAGCAGAGAAUAUGCCAGCAUCACAUGAUCAGCUUUGUGGAUCCUCUCGUGACAAAUUACACAGUUGUGGACUUCAGGAACAAGGCAACUGCUCUGAUUGAAGAUAUAUUUGCCCGAGACAAAAUUCCUAUUGUCGUGGGAGGAACCAAUUAUUACAUUGAGUCUCUGCUCUGGAAAGUUCUUGUCAAUACUAAGCCCCAGGAGGUGGGCACUGAGAAGGUGAUUGACCGGAAAGUAGAGCUUGAAAAGGAAGAUGGCCAUGUACUCCACAAACGCCUCAGCCAAGUGGACCCAGAAAUGGCUGCCAAAUUGCACCCACAUGACAAGCGCAAAGUGGCCAGGAGCUUGCAAGUGUUUGAAGAAACGGGAAUCUCUCAUAGUGAAUUUCUUCAUCGUCAACAUGCAGAGGAAGGUGGUGGUCCCCUUGGAGGCCCUCUGAAGUUCCCUAACCUAUGCAUCCUCUGGCUUCAUGCUGACCAGACAGUUCUAGAUGAGCGCUUGGAUAAGAGGGUGGAUGACAUGCUUGCUGCUGGGCUCUUGGAUGAACUAAGAGAUUUUCACAGACGCUAUAAUCAGAAGAAAGUUGCAGAAAAUAGCCAGGACUAUCAACAUGGUAUCUUCCAAUCCAUUGGCUUCAAGGAAUUUCACGAGUACCUGGUCACGGAGGGAAAAUGCACACCAGAGACUAGUAACCAGCUCCUAAAGAAAGGUAUUGAGUCUCUGAAACAAGUGACUAAGAGAUAUGCCCGGAAGCAAAACCGAUGGGUUAAAAACCGUUUUUUGAGCAGACCGGGUCCCAGUGUCCCCCCAGUGUAUGGCUUAGAAGUGUCUGAUGUCUCGAAGUGGGAAGAGUCUGUUCUUGAACCUGCUCUUGAAAUCGUGCAAAGUUUCAUCCAGGGCCACAAGCCUGCAGCUGCUCCAGUAAAGAUGCCAUACAAUGAAACGGAGAACAAGAGAAGUUAUCACAUAUGUGACCUCUGUGAUCGAAUCAUCAUUGGGGACCGUGAAUGGGCAGCACAUAUAAAAUCCAAAUCCCACUUGCACCAACUGAAGAAGAGAAGAAGAUUGGACUUGGAUGCUGUAGCUACCGUAGAAAAUCAGAGUAUUUCUCCAGACCGUGACAAAGAGCUUAAAGAGAAAGGAUCCCCAGGGCAGAAUGAAAAAGAGCUGAAAUCUGGUGUUUAAAGAGACAAGUCCAGUAGCCUUUGCACAGAUACUUUUAUAAAAGAUGACUGAAGUAUUGUGAGCCACAAAUCAGGAGUUCUGGAUUUGGGUGAAUGACAGGAAAGCCCCAGCCCCAGUGAGAUGAGUGCUAGAGAUGUAUCAGUGAACAAGACAAUUCCUGUCUUCAGAGAGAUCGAGUCUUCCAUGCUGUUUCAAGGGAUGUGAUAAAUACUGUUAUAGAGAUGUUCAGGAAACAUGAAUGACCGUACCUGACCCAGUUCAGAGGCAUCUGGGAAGGCUUUCUGAGGAAAUGGCAUCUAAGAAAACACCAGAAAAAGUAACGGGAGUGAGCCAGGUAGGGGAGUGUAGGAAAAAAAAAGCUGGAGGAUUCUGCAGGAACCAGGUCAUAGAAGAGCCUGCAAACCUUCAACCCGAAGAUAACAACAUCACAUGUACUUACAGGAGAGAUGAUUCUGGUGCAAUUCGGAGAAUGAAUUGGCUGGAGACAGCCAAGAGGCAGGGGGAUGGUAAAGUAGAGCAGGUAGAACUCACAGGACUUGAUGGUUGGUUAAAUAUGGGUGGUGAAGGAGAGGGAAGGGGUCAGGAGGAAGGCUUUCUCAUCCGAGCAAUUGAUUGUUGGUGGUUCCUUUGGCCAAGAUGGAGAGCACCGGAGGAAGAACAGGAUUGGGCCCAGGGCAGAGGAUGAGUUCACUUUGGGACUUGAGAUAGAAGUGUCUGCGGAGAAGCCUAAUGGAAAAUUGUGAGGAACUGGAUAUUCAGGUUGAGCACAGUGAGCACUCUGGGCUGGAGAUAGAGAUCUCGAAGUCAUCAGGUUUGGUGGUAUUUGAAGCUGUGGAAGAUGAGGUCACUGGGUCUGUAGUGAGAAGAGAAAGGUCUAGAACAGAGCUUGCGGAAUAGUGACAAUUGGAGAAGGGGAGCUUGUAUCAGAAAUGGAGGUGUAGUGAGAGAGCAGGGGAGAAACCAGGAAGCUGGGGUCGCAGAGGCCGAGUGGAAAGAGCUUUGAGAGUGGAGUAGUCAGCAGGGAAGAAUGUGUAGAGAAGCCAUGUCUGAUAAGGAAUAAGACGCAUUCAGUGGCUUUUAGUGAUGAGGACAUUGUGGUAACCUUGGUAAGAGAAGGCCCAGCCCAUGGUUAGAACGUGGAAGCCACAUCUCCGUGGUUUGAAGUGAAUGGGAGGAGAGUGGCCGGCGAUAGUGAGGGUUGUCUGCUCCUUAAGUAAUGAAUGAAAGGAGAGAGGGUGGCUGCUAGUGGUUUAGGGUUGAAGGAAGUUGUUUUCCUUUUGCAUGCUUAGGAUCUCAGGAUAGUGAGUUCGAACCCCAUACUGGGUGUAGACAUUACUUAAAAAAAAAAAAAAAGGAUCUUAAAUAAGUAAGUAAAUAAAUAAAUAAAAUAGAUUUGGGGGAAUGUCUAUACCAAUACAACAGAGCUCCUUCUUGAUGCUCCUGCAGCUGGAGGUGACCCACUCGGCCAGUUCGUCUGGGACUUUCCUGGUGUUAUCAUUGAAAACCCCAUGUCCUGGGAAACCCCCUCAGUCUGGGCAAACCAGGAUGCUCCAUAAGGAUAAACCAGAAAUAUUCUGUAGUUGCCCAGAGCAUGCUCUAUCAUUUCUCUGAAGAUUUAGAGGAGCUACCUACCUUCGAAGAAGACCUAUUGCAAGGAACAGAAGAAAAGGUAGGAAGGUAGGCAGUACCUGAUUGAUAUUCCAGUCAACUUCAAAAAGUACACCAUGAACUUAGAAACUGCAAUCCUGCAAAUGGAAUAAUCUGAGAUAAAGAGGGAGGAGGAGAUUACAACUGUGGCUCUUGAAUUAAAAACUGAAUGGAAGCAUGCCAGCUUGAGCACAGUAGGUCUACUAAAUACAGGAAAUGGACUUCAGAUGAUCUCCUAGAGCACAGAUGAAACCGAUGAAGGUCGGAAAAUAAAAGAUGAGAUCCGGAGGGCAGAACAAUGAAAGGGAUUUUAAGAAUUCAAAUGAAUGUAAAAGUUAAAAAAAUUUU